GCCGGUUUAUUCCGCCGGAAAAUUCGGGAUCUCCGGCAACAGACACGGCGGAGUCCAAGAUAUCUCUAACUGUUUCUCCUUUGUAAUUUUGUUUUCUUUGACUAGACAGAGAUACUGAAAUUGACCCAAAACCCUAGAAUUUGUGCUUUUCGUUCUCCGACCUAAUGGAGGAGUCUCGAGGAUCUUCUGAUCAAGAAGAUGAACAAAUUGUUCAAGUCAGGGAAGCUUUAAUGUGUCCCGACGGUGAAAAGUUUGAAUCUUUGCGAACGGCGAGGUUCUUAAACUACACGACGACAUCUAUUGACGACGAUGUUUUCGACCUCCCUUUGGAUGCGUUUGUGUGUAGACCGGAGGGGUUUGAUCCGGCGGCGAAGAUCUCGUUUCCCGGUUGGGGAUCUCCGUCGUUGAACUGGACCGAGUGGGUGAAUGUAAUGGCGGAGUCACACGCUACGGUGUGGAAGAAAUCUGGAGUUUACGACGCGAUUUUGGCGUCUCGGUAUCAGAUUAAGAGGCAUGAUGAUUUGAUUAUGGCAUUGGUGGAGAAAUGGUGUAUUGAGACCAACACAUUUGUGUUCCCUUGGGGAGAAGCGACGGUGACGUUGGAGGAUAUGAUUGUUCUUGGAGGAUUGUCUGUUACUGGGAACAAUGCUUUGGCUCCGAUUAAACGAGACGGUAUGAAGGAGGUGGAGGAGAAGAUGAAGGAGGCGAAACGUGAUAUCGAGGCGAAUUUGGAGAAGAAAUGUGGUGUUAGCUUGUGGAUGAAAGAGAUGAUGAACUCAGGGAAUGAGAUUGAGCAUGAGGCGUUUAUGGUUUCGUGGCUAUCGCGUUUUGUAUUCCCUAAUUCAGGUGAUGUGUUGAGAGAGAAGCUGUUUCCGGCUGCAAUUCAGCUUGCUAAGGGAGUUAGGUUGGCUCUGGCUCCAGCGGUUUUAGCUAGGAUUUAUCGGGAUCUUGGGGUUUUGAAGGAGUAUCUCAGUGGUGAUAGUGAGAAAGAGACGGUAGUGGUGAAGUCUCCGUUUCAGUUUGUGCAGGUUUGGGCUUUAGAGAGAAUCAUGGAGUUGCAGCCACCGGGACAGCCAAGCCAGUUAAAGACUGGUGAACCGCGGAUAGCGCGGUGGCACCAUCAUGGUGGUGGUCAGGAUGUGUACGGCUAUCCUGAGAAUAUCAAAGCGGUGUUGGACUCGGCCAAAGAUAGUUUCGACCAUCGUCCAUACACAAAACCUGUGAAUAACUUCAAAUUCCCAAAGUUUUACAUGGAAGAUGACUGUUGGGUUCGAGUAAGACCUGAUGAGACCAUUGUAGCCUUUGGUCGGUGUUUGAGGUUUGCUAAACUGGUUGGUUUGGAUUGCAUUGAACCUUAUUAUCCUCACCGUGUGGCAUUGCAGUUUGGUUAUGAUCAGGAUGUUCCCGGCGUAGUUCCAGCUAGAAUUGAGACGCCAGAAUUGGCCUGGAAAGAUUAUAUCCGUCCAAUUGCUGAUGGAAUGUUGUACUUUCCUGCUCGGCUUCACGAGGCUGAUGUUACGGUUGGGUACAUUCGGUGGUGGAAACUUUCUGUUGCGGUUUUGCAGUCUGAGGCUAAGAAAAUUUUCCACAUGCUUCAGGCUUCACAUUCAGAACAGAAACCUGUGACUGCAACGACCCCAACAAAGGCAACAUCUUUUUCCCCAGGGAAGUGGAAAACAUCAGCUGCAAAAUCUGAGGGAAAAGAUCAAGAAGUGGUAAAGAAGAGGGAAAUGGAGACAAAAAGAGAGACAUCUGUAACUGGUUCACAGAUCGAGGUGAGUAGAGCAGAUGGUCGGAGCCAUGGCAGUAGUAGCUAUGCAGGGAGUCUCACGGGGUCAGAGAAAGCAACUAAGCAUCCUUCAAAGAAGCCUGAAUGGGUUCAGAGAUCAUCACCUAGACCGAAAAAGAGCCCUGAUAGAAGUUCUGAUAAGCCUGAAUGGGUUCAGAAAUCAUCAGCUCGAUCGACAAGGAGCCCUGAUAGAAGCUCUGAUAAGCUUAAAUGGGUUCAGAGAUCAUCACCUAGAUCGACAAAGAGCCCUGAUAGAAGCUUGGGAGGAGCAGUGGAUGAUGUUAAGGAUCUUAAGGGAGCUCUCAGGGGCUCAGGGGGAACAAAGGGUCAGGGUCAUGUCACGUUUCAGCUUCCAAGCUCCCCUGGGAGAUCUCCAUCUAAUGUCCAUACGUUUUCGCCAAAGCAAAGAGAUUCUCCUGUCAAAAAACCGAGAAUGUUACCUCGGGUAGCAGACUUAGCCAAACAAUCGAGCUCUUCUCCUCGUGUUCCAAGAGAUACAUCAUCUGUUCCUCGUCCUCCCAAGCGAGAGAACUACAUAAAGCACCACAAUUCCACAAGCUCACGAGUUUCAAAAGAAUCAAACACGUCACCAUCUUUUUCUGGUUCUCCUUUAAAGAGGAAGAAGUCACCAAGAUCUCCUGAAGCUAUUAACUCUCGUGGUCAGAAAAGUCCCCCAAGCCCGCGAGUUUCAAAAGAAUCGUACAAGUCAUCUUCUUUAUCUGGUUCUUCUUCUUUAACUAGGAAGAAGCCACCAAGAUCUCCUGAAGCUGCCAAUUCGCGUAGUUACAACCAUCCCCCAAGUCCGCGAGUUUCAAAAGAAUUGAACAAGACACCAUCUGUUUCUGGUUCUCCUUCUUCAACAAGGAAGAAAUCACCAAGAUCCUCAGAAAAUGUCAACUCGUGUGGUAAUUCAUCAUCUGGAGGCAAUUCUAUUGUCAAGAGAAAUACUGACACAAGCAUCAUAGUUUCCAAACAAGAUUCACCAAGAAAAACUCAACUCGAUAUCAGCAAGGCUAAUAAGUUACUAGAAGAGAUGGUAACUUUACGGGAGCAAGUUGGCGAAGAUGGUGAAGUGACAUAUCAGAUACCAAAGCAACAGUUUGAGGAUCUAAGCAAAGGGGUCCAUGAUGUUCUACAUGAUCUACAGUCUAUUAAAUUCGCAUUGAACAUACAAGAUAACGAUGAUGAAUAGUUCUUGAUCUCUCAGACUCUGACUAAUAGACCUUUAAAGUCUUCAUCUUUUUUGUUCCAACUCAUUCAAUACAAAUACUUUGAAGUG